GAUCACAUUUAUAUCCUAAAAGAAGUUAUUUCAGAGGGUUUUACGGCUAGCAAAUUUUUUAAAAAAUUAGGAUAUCAAUUUUCUCAAAGAGAUCAAGCUGAAGAUGAUUUGCGGAAAAUUUUGAAAAAACUUGCUUCUAUGAAUGAUGAUGAGUACUCCCAGCGAGCAGAAAGCCUUUCAAAUGUGAUUGACAAACAAUUGUAUUCUAUUAAUGUAGAGCAGUAUUGGAAUAGUGUUCGGAUACAAAAUGAGCAAAACACAACUCGCGUUAAUCAAAUUAUCAUGGAAGAGAAAAAGAAACAACAUAAAUGUCUUGUUGAUUCUAAUGUUAUAACCGAGCAUGACAUAUCAAGUACUAAAUUAAGAUCAGAAUUUCAAAAAAUAGAGAAUGAAUUUAUUACUCCUCAAAGAAAACGAACAAAUAUUGAUUUUGAUGACGAAUGGGUAUUUAAAAGACCAAAUAACAAUGAUUAUACUUCACCUUUACCAUACAAUAUCGUAUCAGGAGGAUAUUCUCUGACUGAUAAUCCAUUUAUCAAACUGAUCGAGGAGGAUGAAGAUAGUUUAACAAUUGAUGAUGUUGGUGAUCUUUGCUUUGAGAAAAAUGAGCAAUUAUAUGAUCAUAAAAUAAAAAAUACCAACGUGUCUCUGUUAUUCAGACUAUAUCAAAAUGAAUCGGUUAAGAUUUCAAAAAAUGGGGGUUUGACUGUGGAAUCUAAUGUUCACGAAAUCUUGUCCUUGUCAUCAAUUUUUUUAUUAAUUCCUGGAUCACAUUCAAAAACAAUGAUUAAAAUGUUUGGAUCAAGUCUCCUAGAUGAAAUAUGUCAACACGUUAUUCCGACUCAGAAUAUAACACUUAAUUCAGAAUAUGAAUUAAAAUUUCGGGAGGCAAUCAAGAAGUCAAAGGAAUCUCGUGUCUGUGCCAUGAAUUGGUUUCAUAAGGAGUUAGCAGAUAAUCAUCUUUUAAAUGAAAAUUUGGGUAAUAUAAUUUUAAAAGGUCUAGAAACACUACCUAGUGUGAAAAUUAGAAAUGAACCCAGCGAAAUUACUUUAAUUACAAAUUAUUUAGAUUAUAUAAUGAAAAGCACAUUUCAUAAUCCUGAUAAAUAUAUUGUACAAUGGCCGAAUAUAGCUUUGAAUGAAAGUAAAACACGAAAAUUUGAAGGUAGAAGUAAACAACCAGAUUUCACUGUUUCAAUUAUUCACCAGCAUCAAACAGAAUCUGUUAUAUUUGUGGGUGAAGUCAGCCCACCUUCUCAAAAAAACAAUGUAUAUAAAAAUUGUAAUGAUCUUAUUAGAAUUGGCGUGUUUAUGAAGGAUUGCAUGGAUUUUUCGAUAGAUAAAGAUUAUACGAUCGACUUUUAUAUGUUGGAUUUUAAAAAAGGAACAUAUUUUAUGCUCCAUAUUGGUCAAAUUAAUGUACCAGCAUCAAUAAAAGAGAUGUUGUCCUUUGUUGAUGAACUGGAAACACUUUUGACAGUUCGAGAGAUUUUUCAAAAAACAUAUAAUGCGCUGUAUACUAAGCUCUGUAAUCCGGGAUUGCCAUUAACAAAUGCAGAAUACAAACGUGAUACCCUCGAAACUCCCAAAUUUAGGCAACUUGUUAACAAAACACGUGAUUGCCAUCGAAUAUGCCCCUUCUG